AACCAAAACGUCAAGUCGUAGUUGCUGUUUUGAGGUUAAAUAAACAAAAACUUUUAAGUUUUAAACUUAUUAAAUACUUACUCAUUUCUUAUUGAUUAUUUAAAUGAUCGAAAAUGUCUAAAGUAACAAAACGUAAACAUGUGAUGAACGAAGCUCUCUGGGACGAUUAUGAAUUGCCAAAAGAUAAUCAAAGUAUCGUCAAAGUUGUUAAGAGCAAAGGAAAUAAUCUGCAUGAGAUUACAACACCAUCUGGUGAAGAAUAUUUAGUAUCAAUGCCUACAAAGUUCAGGAAAAAUAUAUGGGUGAAGAGAGGUGAUUACAUCCUUGUUGAACCAAUACUAGAGGGAGAUAAAGUGAAAGCGGAAAUUGUAAAAAUAAUGAACAAGGACUCUAUUAAGUAUUAUAAAGAGAACAAUGUGUGGCCUAAGGAGUUUGAUGAUGAAAAGAAGAAACAAGUGACAGUUGAUGAUGAUGAUUUGUUUGUGAACACAAACAGAGCAUAUGUACAGACAUAUCAAAGUGAUAGUGACUCAAGUGACUCGGAAAGUGAUAGUGAUAAUCAGAGUGAUGAUAGCAAGAAAUAAAAAUUAUUUCCAUAAACAAUUUUAUUUUAUUUUGUCAAUGGAUAAAAAUAGAAGCAGUAAUCCACAACCCAGUAGG